AUGUCUUCCGAUAAUACGCUUCUGGAACCUCCAUCAAAGAAGAGAAAGAAUAAUUCUUCACCAAUUUACCAGCAGACAAUCUUUUACAAAGAUGUCCUGAUCAACAUCUUGUCCUUUUCCAAGUUCAAGUUUAUUUUACAAAGUGCAAUGUUGGUUUCAAAAGAAUGGAAAGAAGCUUCUGCUAAUGUUAGAUUAUCACUCGAUUUACCAGGUUGCGAGUGCAUUAUUGCUGAAGAAGAGGACAAGGAUGAGGAUGAAGAUGAAGAAGAAGAUACAGAGACUUACAAUUUGAAGAUUGUUUGUCAAUGUCCAAACAUUGCCAACACUACAUGUUUGAAUAUGGAAAAUUGUGAAAUGGAUGAAAGCAGUACCAAGUGGUUGGCUAAGAGUAAAUACUUAUACAAUUUAGAAGAGCUCUACUUGAAUCAUUGCACUAUUGGAAGUGAGGGUAUUGCAAAUAUGGUUUCAGAUGGAUCUUGUUUGAAGAAAUUGAAAACUUUAGCCUUGGAAUACAGUGACAUUGGUGAAACAGGAGUAAAAAUGUUGGCAAACAGUCCAAUAAUGAGUAAUUUGACAUUUUUAGAUCUGUAUAACAAUGCUAUUGGUAAUACAGGACUUGAACAUAUUGCCAAGAGUAAAUAUCUGAAGCAAUUAACUCAUUUGGACUUGGAAAAUAAUGAAAUAGAUGAGGAAGGUAUUGCACUCAUUGGCUCAAGUGAAAAUUUCAGAGAGCUCAAGUUUCUUUCAGUAGCAUAUAAUUCCUUUGGAGAAAAUGGGUUAGAAUUAUUGAAGAAUAGUCCCUUACCAAAAUUAGAGACAUUGAGACUUCACUCCUGUGGACUAACCUUUGAAGAAUGUCAAACCAUUAUUGAUUGGCCACUUUUAUCCCAAUUGAAGAAGUUGUUUAUUAGCAAUAACGAUGUGAAUGAGAAGCAAGAGCAAGAAUUGAAAUCUCUCCUUUCUAAAAAGUAUCCUAAACUUGCUCUAUCGGAUUCAUAUUCUGAUUAAUAGGGCUUAUUUUAUUCCAAUAAUAUUAUUUGUCG